AUAUGUUGCGUCUAUGUUGAGUCCAUAGUUUGCAUACAACUCUGUCAGGAAGUAAUGGAAUUUCAGCGUCUCCUUCAUUCCUUACAAAGGCUAGAAUUUCUUACCACCAUCAGUAGUAGCAGCUAUGAAGCAAAGGCUUCCAGAUUUUUCAUUACUGAUUAGCUAUGCCAAGCUUCAAGCCAUUUGUCUCUGUGCAUGGGAUACUCUGGUUUAGCUGUUGCAAAUCACGGUUUGAAAUUAUAUCCAGACGGAAGACGAGACAUCAUGGACCGAACCACGCGCACUACUAGUGCGUCGAAAUGUAAAAGUUAAAAAAGAAACAGAGCAUUUCGGAUCACCGGAAAAAAUACAAGUUUGCCAAGUAAAUGAAUUUUCCGCAACCUCUAAGAGCGUCAGAUCUAAAGGUGAAAAUCAACCGCAAAAGGUGUCUACGUACAACAAUCCUUAUGGUAAAAAUGGCACAAAACUUGCCAAUAGAUACACGUUUAUUAAGUUUUGAUUCUUCUGUUUAAUUGCUAUGUAUACUUUAAACCCUCCACAAGCUUCGUUCGCAAGUGUUUGAUACUUCAUACCUCAGUGAACGACGAAAAACUCACCUGCUAGUUCUUAGGAGAUCGUAUCAGUUUUAGCAGGUAUCUCUUUGUAGAUAGAAGAUGAAAAAAUUGACAUGCUAAGGAAAACAUGUUUAAUUCAUAAAGUUGUGACACUUCCUGUAAUGUAGUGAAAGCAAAAUCAGAGAGCACGCGCUCCCUUGGGUUCUCAACCGUGAACAAGAAAUCCUUGGAAUCCAUUUCUCCGUAAUUUCACCUCGGACCCUCGGGUUUCGAAGAUUUCAAGAUGAGGAAAAGCGUUCUUUUGAUCCUUCUUGUGUUGAUCGCAAUUUGUGCGGCUAAAUCGUCCACGAACAAGAAACACAAGGAUGAGAAAAGCAAAAAACUUAAAGUAACCGACACUAAGAAACACAAGGACGAACCGAAAAAACACAAGACUAAGAACGAGCAUAAAGACAGCAGCAAGAAACAUCUUAAAGAUGCCAAGAAAAAACAAGACUUGAAGAAAAAAGAUGAAAAACCAAAGAUUUCGGAAGAUAAGGCCAUCAAUAAGACGGCAAAUAACAAGACCGAAAUUGUAGAAAAGAAAGAAAACAGCACCAAAGCAAUCCUCUCACAAAACCCACCUGCCGAUUGCCAGAAUAUCAUAGACGAUUAUUCCAAAGGAAAAUUGCUAAUGUACGAGUACAAAAUUCAGAUCAACCGGUGCAUGAAUAAAGCUAAGAGUGAUGCAGACGGCACAGCUGAUGCUGACGCAAAAUCAGCACUGUUGCGUCCGGACAGUGAACCGACAGAAGACACUGACACGGAUCAAGCUGUCAAUGUGAGACCUUACAGCACCGAAGAACAAAAAGAGGACUUUGACGAAGACUCUGACACAGGUCAUAGCGAUUUUAGCGCGCAUGAUAACGAUAACGACGAUGAUUACAAUGAUGAUGAUGAUAAAAGUGACGAUUACGACGAACCGGAAGAAAACGCAGCUAAAAAGAUGCAAGUCCCUGCAACUUCUGGUUACCAAGUUCCUGAUAUGACAGUCCAGAAUUACAACAUGCCAGCUCAACAGCCAGAAAUGCCAGCGCAACAAGCCGCCUUUUACUACCCCAAUACGGCCCAGACUCCAUAUAACGGAGCACCAGUUCAGAAUCCAGUUCCCGACCAGACUCAAGCAGCUUUCGCUCCAAAUCCUACGAACCAGUACCCAGCCAAUCCUGCUCCUUUCCAUUCCGCAGAUCCAAAUAUGGCCAUGAAUGCUAUGGCCAAGAACACCAUACCAGACGCUGAGACACAGAUACAGCAGCCCCCAGCAUCUCAAGCAAAUGCAGUGUUCGAUCAAUGGCGAGCCAGCAGUUUUGGUGCAGCAGCUGCUACCAAGAAGGACGAAACACCUAACGCUCCAGAAGCUCCCGGCAAUGACCAAUUCGCAGAGUUUAUGAAGAUGCAAGCUUCCACUGGUAACGUAGCGGAGGCAUCACCUAUAAGCCAGCAAGCAGCUAUUCCAGCGGCCAUGCAACAAAGAAGUGACGUUCCACAGCAGCCAAAUGUGUUUCCCGCGCAGGUGCAGUUACCCAACACUGUCCCUGGCCCAAGCCAAGCCUUUUACAUGCAACCUGAAGAGCAUGGUGAUUUCCCUGAAAACCCAUGAGAGAAAAAGUACUCGGUUUUGAUAUGAUCACUUUUGAGGGUAAUAACGUAAUAACCUCACUCACUAUGUGGAGCUCUGAAGGGUGAAAAACUUUUCUUAUUUGGAGGGGAAACAGCACAAUUUCCUAAAAAGGAGUUUCAGUAAGACGUGAUUAUUCUCAUGCAGUGACCCACAUGGAACCUUUCACCUCUUGCUCACGAUAUCAAGUAAAUGUUGGUGGGCAGAAUGGGGCAGAUAACAACAACGAAAUAAAAGUGUCCUCUUUCUAACACG